AUGCCCACUAUACAUGUCGAACCGCAUUGCGAACCUCUGCUCCAGGAGAUCGCUAAUACGGUCUCGAAGUCGAGGAAGAUCGUGGUGAUUACUGGUGCCGGCAUCAGUACCAAUUCAGGCAUUCCUGACUUUCGGUCCGAAAAUGGUCUUUACUCGUUGAUCCAAGCCCAGUUCAACGCCGCCCAACAACGUGCAGCGGCCAGUAACAACAUCGAAAAUGGUGCUGGCGACUCGACUGAAGAACGGCCGGCGAAACGACGACGGCUCAGCUCUCUUAGUGGGCGUGAUGCCGUGGAUCGGUCAGCUUCCGGGCAUGAGACUCGCUCAAUGCCUACAGAUACCGGAGGAGAUGGCCACCCACAGAUAAGAAAAUCUUCUGCAUCAACGCCCAGCGAUGAAGUUCGGACCGCAGGGAAUGCGCAGGCUCAUUCGGAACUUGUCUCAAAACAAGAGUCGGAGGUUGAUGCUUCAAAUGAACCAACAUCGCCUGCUCUUACAGUCCUUCCCGAUCUAAGGCCUGCAGGUGGUCCACAAGAAACAUCGACAACUUCCCAGAUCGGUGUCUCCUUGGACUCAUCGGGGCUGGCACUGCCCGAAACACCGCGUUUCCGAUCAAGACUUGGAAUCAAGGAUCCUCCCUUGUGGAGCUCUUCUCCUCUAUCCUCGCCCCCUCCCAUCAUCUAUGAUCCCUAUGAGGAGCCAGAGGAUGACGCGCCAGAGUCUCCAACAAGCAAUAGGGAUACAUCUCGAUCCACGAGCAAAGAGCCGCCCUCGGGCUCGACUGCGCCCUUCCCGUCGCAAAGUUCCCUCCCUUCCAAUCGGGCCUUGCUCCCUAACAUGAAGGGACGAGAUUUGUUUGACGCACAAAUUUGGUCAUGUCCUAUCAAGACUUCGGUUUUCUACACCUUCAUCUCUACCUUGCGACAAAAGGUCCGUGAAGCCCAGCCGACAAAAAGUCAUUACUUCCUGGAAGAGCGCGUCGGCCUUACAACCUCGUUGUCGCUAGGCGCAGGCAGUCGAUAUCGCUUUUCAACUCGUGCCGGACGGGGCACGAGAGCCUCGAAGGGCAGCGAGGUUGCAGCGGACGAGAGUCAGUUACAAUCCCAGAAAGAAGAGGACACAAAUGACUCUCAAGUUCUGAAAGAGGGGCAAACCAGCCAGCCCUCCCCGAAACUCGAGCAAGACGAUGGCGCGAAAUCCCUGCCAACUGCUUCUCAGUCGUUGGAGCCCGGGACCGACGCCGAUGGUGCAACAAGCAAAUCCUCCAGCUCAUUGACAUCCGCCUCAGUUUCUGCACCUCCGGGCCCUAACCGUGGUGUCGAGUGUGUCUUCUUGCACGGGUCGCUAGCAGAGCUCCGAUGCUUUGUGUGCGCACGUACUGCUUCUUGGGACGAGGAGUCUCGAAUGGCUGAUACUCUGGCCGGCCGGCAGCCAACAUGUCCUCAUUGCGAAGGCGCCACUGCAGCUAGAGAAGAGAAAGGCAAACGUGCACUGGGGGUAGGAAAGCUACGGCCCGACAUCGUCCUGUAUGGAGAGGAACAUCCCCAUGCUCACCUCAUCCAUCCUCUUGUGAAGCACGACUUGUCACUUGGGCCCGACAUGCUUCUGAUUUUAGGAACCAGCAUGCGUGUCCAUGGCCUCAAAGUUCUCGUCAGGGAGUUUGCAAGGGCCGUCCACGAUCGUGGAGGAAAAGUUGUCUUCGUCAACUUCACAAAGCCUCCGGAGAGCGUUUGGUCAGAUGUCAUCGACUACUGGGUCCAGUGGGACUGCGAUGCUUGGGUCGAGGACUUGCAAAAACGGAAACCCGCUCUUUGGCUGCCCCCGGGUUCCACGCUCCCCGACGAGGAUAAGCCUAAGGCGAGCAAGGCUUCAAGGCGACAAAGCGGUGAAGGCAGCAAGCGGAAAGAAGCUUCUGCCAAGACCUAUCACAAGAACAAGGAAAGUGACCAACCACUCGAUACGCAAACGCUCGAGACCAGUGCCACGUCAAUUGACGGCGAGGCCUCGCCAUUAACUGAACUUGAGACCCAACCAACCCCGUCAUCGCAAUUAACUCCUCAGAACAGUUCACCCAAAAAGUCUCAAAAAACCCGCCGGGAGCAAAAGUUCAAUCCGGAUGCAAAGCGCCCAGCAUGCAUCCGUGAUCAUAAGCAAAACGGUGCAUAUCUUGUCUGGAAGAUUAUGCAGGAUCUCCGGCGCAUCACAGGAGACAACGAAGCUUCCCCAUCUCCAGCUGCUUCUGUCUCUCCCCUUGCCUCUGCCGAAGAGCCUGCUACCAGAUCGAAGCCUAAACGAGCGCGAAAGUCUACGCCAAGUUCUUUGGAAUCCAACAUAGACGUCAAUGGCUACACUGUCAACCAGGAGACCGCAUCGCAGCCAUCUCAACUGCCGGCGGAACCAAAUGUCGCUCCUUCGAUUCCAUCUCCAAAGCCCAAUGGACUUCAAACCGCGCCCAAAGAACCUACAGCUCCCGAUAUCAACAGCUCCAUCUCCGCCGUGGUCAAGACGCGCAAGAGAAAGCAAACAUUCACGUGGCGGGUGAUUAAUGGCGUUGAGACACGCAUCUCGCUGACCUCUGAAGGAGAACAAAUCGAUCCGCCCCUUCAUACCAGCGCCCUACAUCGACCACUUCCCGCUGCCAAACCACAGAAGACUGGUAAGGCUUCCAAGUCUAAAGUUCGUUCCACGUCGUUGCCAGCAGCGGCCAAGCCCCAAUCGUCCAGCAGUAAGGUCCCGUCUCAGCCGCUCUGCCCUCCUGGCAUUGCCCCGUUAGCCAUUCGCCAUCAAAACAUACAAACCAACGACAUCGAUGCCGGCUUCCGCGCGACAGACCAUUACAUCUCGAAGGCCCAGCAGCAGCAAGCGCUGGCACGCGCAGAGACUCCGCAAUCUCUCCUGCUCCCUCCCUUGAACCCGCAGCCGCCACAACAAGCCCCUGCGAAGCCCAAACCUGCACCUCUCGAGCCCAAAGUCACGUCUCCCGGGCCGAAAGUCGAGAUCUCGUCUAACGUCGGGUCGCCUACCGCAGUGAUGUCGCGACCCCCUCCGAAGAACCCAUUCUUUUUCUCAGAUCCGUUGGCAGGGUGGCUUUGGUACCCUCCUGCUUGGCAGAAUCAGGGAUAUGCUGGAGGGCAGGACAGGGAGCGUGUGCAGGGCCAAAACCAGGGGCAGCAUACUCAGUCUCGUGGGGCGCAUGCUGGUCCCGCCCGGGGGAAUGGUCAACUUCCGAACAGGUAUCACUGCCAGCAGCAGCCGCAAUACCAUUGCCAAGCUGCACAACAAAACCUGCAGAACGGUAAUGGUCAUCGGGCGCCCGCUCAGGGUCAGUUCCAAGGCCAACAGCCAGCCGGACCCCAGCAGCACUGGACCCAUCAGCCCUCUAUCCCGAGCCCGGAUCGUGCUCGCGGACAUCAGCAGCGGGGCAGCGAAAGCGGCGCGAGCAGCACUGGUGGGUGGUGUCCGGAUGAGCAGCUACGCCAGGAGGCGGCGUUGAUGUUGUCUGCUUUGCGGGGAGGUGGAUUGGGCGCUGGGGUGAGUGCGUAG